AUGGCGGUCUCUAAGCAUGAGGAGACCCAGUCUAAUAACGUCAACAAAUCCACCACGAACGGGACAAAUGGCGAUACCAGCAAAACAAUCAUGGAAACUCAUCCUACCUCAACAGCCUGGCACCAACCACAACGAAAUGCAUACGACUUCCACAGCGACACCAUAACAACUCCAACUCUAUCUAUGCUCCAAGCCAUCACCAACUGCUCACUCGAAGACGACAUCUACAAGGGCGAUCCCACCACAGCUCAUCUCGAAUCCAGUAUCGCCCAACUAGCAGGCCACGAAGCUGGCCUCCUCGUCAUGUCCGGCACCAUGGGCAACCAAGUCGCAAUCCGCGCCCAUCUAGGCGCACCACCUCACUCCGUCCUCUGCGACGUCAGAUCACAUAUUGUGAACUACGAAGCCGGCGGCAUCGCUACUCUCUCAGGCGCUCAACUCAUCCCCGUCCAGCCCAAGAACAACCACCACCUAACACUCGAAGACAUCAAAAAACGCAUCAUAAUAUCCAACGAUGUCCACUCCUGCCCCACCAAAAUCAUUUGUCUAGAAAACACCCUCAACGGGCUCAUCAUGCCCCUCGACGAAAUUCAUCAUAUCUCCGCAUUCGCUCGCGAAAACAACAUCCUCCUCCAUCUCGAUGGCGCUCGUGUCUGGGAAGCCGCAGCCUCAACAUCAAACAACACUUCACUCACAGACUACUGCAAACCCUUCGACAGUGUCUCCCUCUGCUUCUCUAAAGGCCUCGGUGCCCCGAUCGGCUCCCUCCUCGUCGGCAACAAAGCCUUCAUCACGAAAGCCAAAUGGAUCCGCAAGAUGUUCGGCGGCAGCACGAGGCAAGCUGGCAUAAUCGCAGCUGCGGCACAGACCGCAGUCACUGAGACUUUCGGUACAGGACCGAAUGGCGAGGGCGGGAAAUUGAGAGUAUGUCAUGAGAAAGCGCAGAGGAUAGGUAAAAUUUGGGAGGAACUAGGAGGUAAAAUGACGUGGCCCGUUGAGACGAACAUGGCUUGGUUGGAUGCGGAAAGCUCUGGGAUCAGGAUAGAUGACUUAAUACGUAUUGGCAAGGAAGAAGGCAUCACGGUUAGGAGCGAGAGGCUCGUGAUACACUAUCAAAUUGCCGAUGAAGCCUUGGCCGCACUAGAAAGAGCGCUCCGGAGGGUCAUAGCUGAGCGUGAGCAGCAGCAAUAG